UCCUCUUUCCCCACUCUCUGUCUCUCUCUCUCUCUUACUUCACAAUUUCUCAAUUGUCUCUCUGAAUUCCCUCUUCGAUUUUCUCUCUCUUUCUCUGCAUGGCCACUUGCAAGUCCAAAUUUCAAAAUUAGGGCUCAGGGGAAAUAUCACCGAUCGAUGCCCAAAAACCGCGUUUUGAGAUGUAAUUUCAGGGCUUUGAAGGGGUUAUCUUGACUGGAAUUUGAGUUAAUUGAACUGCUCCUUUUUUCUUUAAAAAAAAAAAAAAUUUAUUGUUAGUUGUAGAAUCGGUGUUAGGGUUUUGUUGCACAUGAAGGGUCCACUAGAUCGAACGAAGGUGGUGCUGCGGCACUUACCGCCGACGAUUUCUCAGUCAAACCUUGUCGAGCAUGUUGAUUCUCGCUUCGUUGGCCGCUACCUUUGGCUUGUGUUUCGCCCUGGGAAAUCCAGCCUGAAGCAUCCAAAAUAUUCUAGAGCUUACAUCGACUUUAAUAAACCAGAAGAUGUGAUUGAGUUUGCUGAGUUUUUCAAUGGUCAUGUUUUUGUCAACGAGAAAGGUUCUCAAUUUAAAACAAUUGUUGAGUAUGCUCCUUCCCAACGUGUUCCAAAGCAGUGGUCUAAGAAGGAUGGCCGUGAAGGCACUAUAUUGAAAGAUCCUGAAUAUUUGGAGUUCCUUGAAUUUCUUGCAAAGCCCAUAGAGAAUCUUCCCAGUGCAGAAAUACAAUUGGAGAGGAAGGAAGCAGAACGAGCAGGUGCUCCUAAGGAUGUCCCUAUAGUAACUCCUUUAAUGGACUAUGUUCGUCAGAGAAGAGCUGCAAAGGGUGGAGCUCGGAGAUCCAUGUUGAAUGGAAAGCAAGCUAGAAGGGCCAGUGGGGUAUCAUCAAGGAAUCCAAUCUCAGGUUCUUCAAAAAGAGGCUCUGAUAAGAGGAGGGCUUCUACUACCAUGUAUGUAUUAAGAGACAGCUCCAAGAUUGUAAGCAGCAUAGACAGCUCAAGCAAUUCUCUGGUUCCCAAACAAGAUGAUCAAUCGGUUUCAGCAGCCAUGUCACGUAAUGUAUCCUCGCCAGGGGAAAGUGGAUUCACUGAAAUUGGGAAGAAGAAAAUCCUGCUCCUGAAGGGAAAAGAAAAAGAAAUUUCUAACGUUUCUGGCGGUUCAUUUCUGCAGCAGAAUGCAGCAACUCCUGCUAAAACUUCACAGACUUCUGCUCUUCCAAAACUGAAUCAGCAACGUGAAGGCAGUGGAAGGAUCAUCAGGAGCAUUCUGCUUAACAGGGACACUCGUCAAAAUCAACCAUCAUCACGAUCUCAAUUAGAACUUCGUAUCCAGAGUUCUAACCAGGACAGGGAGAAAAAACCUCCUCGACCCCCUACUGUACAGUUAUCUCAGAAAGAUACAAAUGGGGCACCUGAGGAUAAGGUAGUUCCAAAUGACUUACCAGCUGUCCAUAUGGAGAAGCAGGAAAGACGAACAAGAAACAAGGAUAGGCCUGAUCGUGGUGUUUGGACCCCUCUUCGGCGGUCAGAUGGAUCACAUGGAAGUGAUGAUUCGUUAUCAUCCGCAUCCCAAGUGUUGGAUUCUGCAGAAGGAACUCAUGUAGAGAAGAAACAUGAAAUGCUGGUUGCCCGUGGUAGUGAAUACAGACCCAGUGGAAGCGGUCGUGGCAGUCAUUACUCUGUUGACAAUGGUUCUUAUAGGCAUGGGGGUCGCCGUGGCUCAGCCUAUAAUGUCAAGGAUGCUGAUGUCUCUUCAAAUGUGGAGGGAAAAUCUUUGAAAAGAGGUGCUUCUUCUGGCUAUGGUUCGCAUGAGAAACAAGUGUGGGUCCAAAAGUCGAGUUCUGGCACAUAGUCUUGUCGUAUAUGUGAAAUGCUUUGAACAGUUACCAUAUUGAAGCAUACAUCUGGAGUUGUCUUGCCUGAAAGAUAUCCUGCAUGAGCAGGUUUGUGGAGACGGACAAUGCGUGCUUGAAAGACUGUAGAGGCACGUAAGUUUUGCCUGAAUGCUACAGGUAUUGGUGUAUUUACUGCUUGGUGGAUGAAGAAACCAUGAUUCUAAGUUGAAGAUGGUCAGAGAUAUGAGCAAGAAGUUGAAAAAGUGAAUAUAGUCGGCUUAUAGCACCACCAUAUUUCAGGGUGUCCCUAUGAUUAGGGUUUAUACUAAUUGGCAGGCUAUUCGUCUCCAACUCUUGCCAUUGAUUGACUGGCCAUCAAGAUAUUAGCUUCUUAGAUGGAUGACUUCCUUUGCCGAACUGUAAAUACAAAUCUGGAAUGGUGUGUACUGCUACUGUCAGCUACUAUAUAUGUUUUGUCGAGCGGUCUGCAUCUGGCUCGCUGAAAUAUACAAAUUGUGUAGGCCCCGGAUAGCACCAGGGUCAACUGUAAUUGGGUUUGUUGAAGAAAGUGGCUCUAAGCUGCCGUCAGCCCUCUAGUUGUAAGUUUUUUAGGUGUAUGAUACUAAUUUGCGUGUACCUCGAAGCUUUUGAGGAAAUGCAAUUAGCUUUGACCUAUUAUGGUUGAUCUGAAUGAAAUAGAAUGAGCUUACAAUGACGCACUGCAUUGGUGGUUUUAA